UUCCUCCGCAGCAUUAACCACAUUCCACUGGGGCGCAGCGCAUCCCGUCUCCAUCCCCCGCAUUCCUUUGGCGCGAACGAGUCCCCCCAAUCUCCCUCCUCGGAAAAACUCAUUUCGGCUUCCGUUUACACUCUCGAAACUCUUUCGGUAACGUGUUUUUUUUUCUACCUACUUCAUAUUUAUUUCGUCUCUAGUUCCCGCUUACUUUGUUGUCCGCGUAGGGAGCAAUUCAAGUCGGCCAGACACCAACCAGCGAGGUGAAAUUCCUCCGCGCAGCGCGCCAUUGACUGUAAGGACCUUUCAACUUAAAAAAAAACCCUCAAGUUGACAAACCGUUGGCGCAGUAGCGCGGUUAGGCGUUUUUUUUAUUUUUAUUUUUUUGGAGCUGCAGUAGGAGCGGAGAGGACGGAUAUGUGGCUCGCGACGACAGGGAAAAACACCUUCGCACCGGGUCGUUUGGAUUAUUCGCCGUGUUUUGUUCCUCCCGAAUGGACCUCCGCUAGUGGUCCACGCUAACUUGUUUCCGGACUACAAAAACUACAACAACAACAACAUGGAGCACUAUCAGCACGACGUGGAUCUCCGCGCCGGCCAAAUGAUGGACGAGCUUUCCUUGUACGACGCUUACCGCCGACAGGACGCCGCGGGAAGGGAUUUGGACUCGACGGCGACCGCACUCCGGCAGCAGCAUCACACCGUGGAGAACUUCACGUCUGCGAACAAAGUCUACAACGCGGCUCCGGUGCGUCCGGUGCAAUGCAGCCGGACCGUCCCUGUGGAUUUCUGCACUCCGCAACGGGAGGCGGGCUACGCCGAGGAGGGCUGCUGCAAGUCCGAAGUGGCGCUGCCCUGCUACACCGGUGCCUCCGAGAGGCAACGACGUUACUCGCUCGAAGUGCACCGGUACAGCACCGGCUCCGCGUUCGACGCCUUCCACAAGCCGUUGCCUCUGCCCGGCAACAGGUGCAACAGCGUGUGCAUGGACGGCAGGCACCACAGCCCGCGCUCAAGCCUGGCAUCCUCAUGCGUCUCAUCGCAGGAGCAAAGCAAGCAUGCCAGCCCCCGGGCCAGUCUGGUGGUGGCGGUGCCCAGCCUGGUGCACUGCGAGGGGUCCAGCGUCCUGAGCCCGAGGUCCAGCUACGCGAGCACGGCCAGUGACACCAGCAAGCACUCCAGCCCCAGGACCAGUCUGAACAGCUGCGAUUGCUGCAGCAAGCCCAGCAGCAACCGGACAAGCGGCAUCAGCAUGGGCUACGACCAGAGGCACACCAGCCCCAGGUCCAGCACGGCCAGCCAGUACUCCUUCACGACCAGCCCAAGGUCCAGCUACUCGGACUCACGCUACGGACCCCACGUCAGGGAUGAGUUUGAGGGGGCCGCCCCGCUCGUGGCCAGCCCCAGGUCCAGCAUUUGCAGCCAGGAUGGAAGCGCCAGAGCUCCCGUAUGCGUGCUCAGUCCCCGCUCCAGCAUCUCCAGCCACAGCUCAAGAAGCUCCCGCAGCUCCAGGGGUUCCAUGAGCACCUACCCGGACCUGCAGCUGCCCUCCCCCAGAGCCUCCAUGCUGGGGGGACACGACGACUCGCUCCUGCAUGAGCUGGGGGACCCCAACGGGAUGCACCCGCGUCUUCAUGUCCAGGAGCACCCCUCGUCCCUAGAAGUGACCUCCAAAACACCCACUGUGGGGCAGAGGUUCAAGGUGCCUUAUCAGGUGACCCCGAGCCGGGAGAGCGGGCCCAGUCAGGCGGAGAGGCGACUGGAGGCGCUCACCUUGGAGCUGGAGAAGGAGUUGGAGAUGCACAUGAAGAAGGAGUACUUUGGUAUCUGCAUUAAAUGUGGCAAAGGUGUGUACGGCGCCAGCCAAGCCUGCCAGGCCAUGGGGAAUCUUUAUCAUACCAACUGCUUCACCUGCUGCUCAUGUGGGAGGAGGUUGCGAGGGAAAGCCUUCUAUAAUGUGAACGGGAAGGUCUACUGUGAGGAAGACUUUUUGUACUCAGGUUUCCAGCAGACGGCCGAGAAGUGCUUUGUGUGUGGCCACCUCAUCAUGGAGAUGAUCCUCCAGGCGCUGGGCAAGUCCUACCAUCCAGGCUGCUUCCGCUGUGUGGUGUGUAAAGAAGGUCUGGACGGGGUGCCCUUCACUGUAGAUGUGGAGAAUAAUAUCUACUGUGUCAAAGACUACCACACGGUUUUUGCUCCCAAGUGUGCCUCCUGCAACCAGCCCAUUCUCCCAGCUCAGGGCUCCGAGGAGACCAUUCGGGUGGUCUCAAUGGACAAGGACUACCAUGUGGAAUGUUACCACUGUGAGGACUGUGGCCUCCAGCUAAAUGAUGAGGAGGGUCACCGCUGUUACCCUCUCGACGGCCACCUACUGUGCCACGGCUGCCACAUCCGUCGACUGCAGUCUGAGGUUCCGGGGCACCCGCCCCCGAGCUACCCGCUUCACGUCACCGAGCUGUGAAGGGGAAGGGGAGAAAAAGGGGGCGUUGCAAACCCCCUCCCCCAUGUACACACCCCCUCUCCCCCCACGUGGGCCGAGAUGCCAAGCUGCCCCACCCAUGCAGGAUACACAGUUGGGGUGAUGCGUCCUUGUGUAGUGCCCGGGUCGUGGAUUCGCCAGCGCUGGCUGGACCAGUCAGCCCUUGUCUGGCCAUGUCGUGCCUGUCUCCCAGCGACCUGCUUUGAGCUGGGAAAGGGAGGGUGGGAGGAAACGCCAACCCCCACCUGUCACCCCAAGGUGGGCGGAGACGCCAACCUGUCCCACCUUCUCAGCAUCCAACUUGUGUGUCUUCCUCUUUUUCUGGCCUUGAUGACCCACUUUUAUUCUUUUGACCCCCUCCUGGCUGGACCACAAAGAUUCUCUAGGGUAUCGCCCGUCAUCUUAUUAUGAGAUGGGGAGAUCUUACCCACCUACUGGAUAAAGCUUCCAUAGCGUGAUGGACUUACUUUGCUGCUCAACCCCCCAACCAGUGGUGUCCCCCAACUCUUCAUACGAAUAAAUAACUGUCGCCCAGAGGGGCCAUCGCUGGCCGAAGGGGAAUACCCCAAUGCGGCUGUGUUGUGCCUUUAGAGAGGGGUCUCCGUGUGGCUGCUAACACUGAGCUAGUGCCCACCAACCCAACUUCGCUCGUGGCAACCCUUUCCUUAACACUGACAUUCCGCGUAGACAUCUUUAGAUAAAACCUCCAGAGAUUCACUGUUUUAAUGCGGAAAGAGGAAAAUGCUGGACACAGAUAUAUAUACACACACACACACACAGACACACACACACACAUAGAGAGAGUGUCCUGUCCUUGUGGCAUUUCAGCGCAAGACUGAAAUAUGUGGUUUGUCAACGUCUUUGAAAACUCGGAGCUGCUGGUCCCGCCCGAUUUUUUCCAAAGGAGUCGUUUCCGCCACUUCCGUUGGCUGGCGCUAACGAGUGUCAAGUUGUCUGUUUUGAUUGGCACUUUUCCCAACCUUGCUGUUUUUUGGCCGAGUUGGUGCACCGGUGGUAGGACCACCUUCAUCUGCACCUGGCUGUGAUUGUGGGGGCAGCGCAGCAGCACCCUAAAAAAAACACCAAUGUCCGUUUUUCACCAAGACCUCCGCCAAGGCUUAAAAUGCUAUUGGAAACAAAAAGCAACAUUCUGAGAUUUGACCAGAAUUUGAUUUCAUUUGGCCUCCCUGUUAUGAAUAGUAAAAGCAGUAAAUCCCAUACUGAUUUGAUUGGUCAAAUUUUAAAAUCCAAUUUUAUUUGGUAGACUAUAGCUGGAAGUAUUUUUUGUUUCGUAAUUGAAAAAAAAAUAUUUCCAGCUGAGUGAUGGAAAUUUCAUUUAUCUAAAUUCACUUUAACUUAAAAUAUAGGCUUAAUUGUUUAUUUUUUUCUCCUAUAUAAUGUCAUCACAAUUCUGGAUAUUAAUUACAAUCCAAGGCAGUCUUGAAUAACUUUCCAGGCAUCAUUCAUAAAAAGGGGGGUAAAAAAAAACACCCAAAUUUAAAGACAGGACUUUGAUGAUAACUUCCUCGGCGGAGGCAACAGAAAUCCAUUCUCAUGUCAUUUGGCACUGUUGUUUAAAACCCAGACAAAAUGGGGACAUUAUGUACUGUAGCUUGUCCAUGAGCUCUUUAGCUCUGAUUGGCCAAAGUUCACCUUGGCUCCGCCUCUCAGGUGCAGGAUGGCGGAGACAGACGCCAUCUUGUUCCCGCUCAAUACUACUGAGUAGAACAUGUCCAUGAACAAAACACACUGACCACAACUAACUUAUCAUGACGCGAAUGUAACGCAAAUGAUUGUUUCUACCCGACAUUCCCAGCAUCGCCUUACGUUAAUUCACCUUUAUUAUUAUUAUUAUAGUUAUUAUUAUUAUUAUAAUGAUGAUUGUUAUGUUUUCAAACAAAAUACUAGCACACGCCUAGCAUCCCUUGUACAUAAAGAGUCUAGUUUUGUAUUUUUGUUCUCUCGGAAGAGAGGAGAGGACAGACGGCUCCUCCUCCGACUGGUUAGUUGCCACAAAGCACAUGUCACAUGAUUUGUUUUUUUUUAAUUUCGAUGAUGAUUAUUAUUAUUACCUAGAUGGUUCAUACAAAAAAAAGACUAGAGCUAUUUAUCUAAACAUGGAGAGAGACAAAUUAUUUAAUGUAUUAAAAAGAAGUCAGGAUGUACCGUUUUAACUGUAGAGGACAUAAUCUGCUAUUCAAUAAAGUGGUUUUGUAGCUAACUCCAA